CCAGCACUCAGCAAAAGUGGGUCAGAUCUGCCAGCACUCAGCAAAAGUGGGUCAGAUCUGCCAGCACUCAGCAAAAGUGGGUCAGAUCUGCCAGCACUCAGCAAAAGUGGGUCCGAUUGUUCACCCUCAGCCUGCGACGACGUGCCAGUGAGCGAGUCAAACCGCUUCACCAGAGCCAUGCACCGCCAGAACAAGCAUCUCCUCUCAGCCAUCAGCUGCCUUGGCGACCUGACUGAACAUAUCAGCCAGUUCUUCGGCUCCGGAGAGUCUCUACCCUCCAGCUCCGACAGCAGCAAUUCUAACUUCACAGCCUCGUCUUGUCCCAAUUAUAGCUCCAAAAAUACCGAAUGCACCAGCAACAAAGCUUCACGUAUCAUCCAUAACAAUAUAUGUUACCCACAAUUGAAGUUCUCGACGGAUCGCAAACCUUUAAUUUCUCCGAAACCUCAUAUUGAAGAAUCAUCACCUUCACCUGGAGAUACGAAUUAUGCAUUAGCUGGGCCAUUAAUAUCAUCGUCAGUUGAUGCAUUAUCUGGGCCAUCAAUAUCAUCAUCAGUUGGUGAUGGUUUAGGUAGCACCCCGAACUUUGUGUCAAUUAUUGGGUCUAAAUCAUCAGCAUCAAUAUCAUCUCCUACACCUCAAAAACUAUUGGCUCUUGCCUCAGCUGCACCAGCACUAGUAUCUGUCCAAACUGCCUCUACACCAACUGCCUGUGCCCCUAAUGCCCCUGCCACACUUGCCUUAGCACCACCUGCCUCAGCGUCCAACAAGUUCCUCCUCCCCGACGACGGUGAUGGCCGCCGUCAAGCGGUGGCUGCGUCCGUAGAGCUCAUGCGACAUCUGCUUAUCGAGACUCAGGACCAGCUGCGCAAGAUGGUGGACGAAAACCAACAGCUGGCGAUGCGAAUGGACGGCGACCUGCAGGCUGCCCAGCAACAGGUGCGAGAACUACGACACGACUUGCAAGAAACCAAAUCAAAAAUCACACAAAUGCAAUCAUUCUCUUCCUCCCCACACCUUUCUUCCUCCUCUUCCAGCUCUCAACGCCUCCCCAUCUCACAGUCAAAGAUCCCUAGCUCGGUCACUCGAAAUUCCAGUCCUAAAAAUUCCAGUAAAAUCCCCGUGAAUGUGAGUAAAUCCUUCCCCUCUGAUGGGGCUGGGCUCAAACCCAGGAGCCUCUCCGCGGAGGGAAGGCGGAGAGGAAGGGCACAGGAGAAUGGGGACGUCGGGGACUCGGAUCAGAGCAGUGGGACAGGCAGUGUGGAGCCGUCGUCGCGGUGUCGGGACGGCGGCAGCAGCACAGAAAAAGCAAAGGGCGCCUCCGUCAGAAAAAUCAGCUCCGCCUCCACUGCGUCGGACGGAUCCAAGAGCGGCAUCCCUGACGCAGGUGGGGACGCCCAUACCAAGCCUCCUGAAGGAGGUGAAGCUGGUGACUCUCCCGUGAAGGGGGACUCGUGUACUAAUGACGGCACUGCACCUGCUAGAGCACCUGCUGCACCUGCAAGUGCACCUGAUGCCCACCAAAUGACUCACCUCGUCACCGAAUUGUGUCAUGCAAAGGAGGCACUUGCAGCUUUAAAAGCGGACCGUAAACGUUUGAAGACCGAGAAGGUGGACUUGCUGAUGCAGAUGAAGCAACUUUAUGCCACACUUGAGGACAAGGAAGCUGAACUUCGGGACUUUAUCCGCAACUUUGAACAGCGGAUGGUGGAAAGCGAGGAGAGUGAACGGAGACUGAGAGCGGAGAGGGAGGCGGGGGAGAGGGAGAGGUGGGGCCUUCUUAACAGACUCGGAGAGGAGAGUGACAGAGCAGCGCGCUUAGUGGCUACGCUCACUGCCAGGGAGAGGGAGCUCCAGAGGGUGCGUCAGCAGCUCGCGAGCCUCGGCUACCACAGCGACGGUGACGCCUCCUUCAGGAGUAACAACAGCUGUCUUGCCUCCACCACUUCCCCUCCAGUGCCUUCCCCUCCACCCAACUCCAGUGCCCUCACCCCCUCCACUAGUGCCCCCCUUCCUUUAUCCUCUUCCUCCCCACACCCCAUCACGUCUUCAGCCAGCGCCCCCACCACCAUCAACUCCACCCCCAACGGGCGCGGCUCGUCAGCGGACUCCGGAGUGCGGCUCUCGUCCGACCGCGACUCAACGGCCAGCCAUGAAGGCCCGAGCACAUGCACGCCUCCGAAGGACCCGUCCUGCAUAUACGCCACUCCCCACAUGCACAACAACAAGACGAACAACACCCACGGGGUUGCUGCUAACCCCUACCACACCACCUCCCUCUACUCGACCUCUCCUCCACACAACCUCUCUUACUCGACCUACUCCUCCUCUCCUCCUCCUCUUCCUUGUCUGCCUCGUAACGGACACCUGGCGGAGGGCGGCGUGCCUGCCUACAGCAGCAGCGCCCUCUACGGGACGGGCAGGCCGGGGGGCAGCGACACCCCGAGGUCCCUGGGGGGCCUGGGGAGCGAGGGCAGCAGUGAGGGCUGUGACUAUUCCGGCCCUCGCAUGGGCAGCCUCUACAGCUCCUGCAACACACCAUCCUCUGACAGAAGUGUGCGCGUGGGUCUGAGCCAGUCGACAGAGCAGCUCUGCAACACGGUAGCGGAGGCAGCAGAGCAGGCGCUGCAGCAGGCCAGGUCUGAGAGGCUGUACGGCAACCCUGCGCCCUCUGGUGAGGCCCAGCAGACGGCGGCACCGAAGGCAGGCAAGACGAAGGGCGCCUCGAUGACCCUCUCGCGCAGAACGCAGAGGGCACUUGGAGGGGGAGGAGGAGGAGGAGGGGGCACCUGGGGCAGCAUCUCCAGGGUGUUUGCCAGACAGAAGAAACGAAACCCUCUUGACACGACGCUCUAUGAUGGUCCACAAAAUGGCGCCCAACAAAACAACGGCCCCAGCAACAAUGGCCUUAACUGGCCUCCUGGGGCAGCUGGGGGAGGAAGCAUAGCCCCACUGUCUGAGGAGACCUACCCUCACAAGCUGCGCCUGCUGGAGGAGGCGCAGCAUAUUCCUCUGGAGCGAUGGAAGGCCCCGACGGUGCUGGCGUGGUUGGAGAUCACCCUGGGCAUGCCGCAGUACGGGGCCCUCUGCGCCGAGAACGUCCGCAGUGGCAAGGUAUUGCUGGAGUUGAGUGACCACGAGCUGGAGUCAGGUCUCGGCAUCGUGCACCCAAUGCACCGCAAGAAGCUGCGGCUCGCCAUCGAAGAGUUGCGGGAACCAAGACUUUGCCGGUACCCUGUCAUUGCCACGCUCAGCCACACGUGGGUGGCUAAUGAGUGGCUCACGGACCUGGGGCUGCCACACUACGCUGAGGCAUUCGCUGCACAGCUGGUGGAUGGCCGGGUGCUGGAUACGCUGACCAAGAAGGAGCUGGAAAAGCAGCUCGGAGUGCACAGAAAGUUCCACCAAGCUUCCAUCAUCCACGGCAUUCACCUCCUCAGGAUUGUGCGCUUUGACAGACGGGUGCUGCAGGAGCGUCGCCGCGCCGUCGAGCUGCGCGACGACGACCCUGUCGUGUGGACCAACCAUCGCUGGGUGCGCUGGGCCCGCGCCAUCGACCUGGGGGAGUACGCCGAGAACCUGACGGACAGCGGAGUGCACGGUGGACUUGUUGUGCUGGAGUCGACAUUCACGGCGGACACGAUGGCCACGGCGCUCGGCAUCCCGUCCUCCAAGACCAUCAUUCGCCGCCACCUCGCCACCGAGCUCGAGACGCUCGUCCUGCCUCAGCGGCGGCAGCUGGAGGAGGCCGCGCGCUGUGCUAAGCUGGAGCGUCGGCGUCAGGAAAAACAAGGCUCGGGCGGCAGCCUCGGACGCACCUUCUCCCGCAACGGCGCCGCCUGUCCAGACAAACGCAGGUCUUCCCUCAGGGGUUCUCUAAGCCGGGCUCUCGGGCUGCGUCUCCGCGAUGAGAUGAGCUCUGCAGACCUCCCUUCACCCUCAUCCUCGACAGCUCCCCCACCACCCCUUCCCCAGGGUCCUUUCAACCCUUAUUCACGUCGCCCCGACGUCCGGGGACUCCGACAGUCUCCUUCAUUGUCAUCCUGUGACAAAGGGGUCCCAAUUCGACCGUCUCCUUCUUCGUCCUCAUCAAUUGCGACUCUUAGAUCCAAUAAUGGGCCUCCACAACGUGACUACAACUCCUCGGACUACGGGCCUUCCCCCCAAGACUACAGUCAACUCCCCCGAGAUCCCAGUCAGAUCCAGGGCCGAGACUAUCCCAGUCAAAGUCAACGAGACUACGGCCAGUCAUAUUACGGCGCCUAUGGAGGGCAUCCUCCCCAGAGGGAGUAUGGGGGCCCUACACAAUACGGUCCUCCAUCGCACAGCACCUUCGGGAACAACCGUCCUCGCUCGUCGGUCGUGGCGCAGGGCCUGAAGAAUGUGGACACCCACCGCCGCGUCAGGAGUAUCGGCGACAUGGAGCACGUCACGGUCACGCCUGUAUAGCGGUGGCUCCAGUAGGUCAGCUCGAUGAACAGCCGCGCUAAAUAGACAAUAUUUCGCUAUUUGGUGUGACUAGUAGAGGAGAUGAUUAAAUUCCUGUCUGUAUUUCAUGGUCGAGCCUCAAAUAUUAUUGCCAACAAAUUUAAAUAGAAAUUCAAUUUUCACCGUGGACCUUAAUUGUGUGAUGAUAGCCGCCGUUAUCGCCACCACUCCAGGGCAAUUCAGAUAAUUUAGUUAAUUCAUUAAGAAAUAAUCUGAGGUAGAUUUGAGUGAUCGGAAUCACCAUGAAAUGCAGACCUGAUCUACACAAUCCCGGGCUUCCCUGCUCCUACAGAACGGCAAGUCUAUGCUCAGUUGUUCGAAAAGCUGUACUAUGAUCUCAAACUAUUUAUUAGAUAAUAAUCUCACUCCCUCUGAAAUAAUCUCCUGUCUACCUGAUGUUUCAUGUUUUAACUGCGAAUCAAACUUAUUGUAAUUGUUGAAAUUUUUGUGUUUAUGGUGACCCAUGUUUUGCGCUUUUAGCAUAUAAAUAUUUCCACGGCAUCGCCAGUCUAAGGAAACUGCUUCCUAUUCUCUCAAUUUAUUUAUAAAGGUUGCCUCUUUUCCAAGAUAAGGAAGAGCCCUCUGGGCCAACCACAUCAUUAUUUCAAGGCCAUAUGUGACUAGUAUCUCAAAUAUUUCGUUAUCUCAAAAAUGUACAGGUAAGGAGAAAUAUAAUACCAAAUGACUGUCAAUUUUUGUAUUUAAAUUCACCAAAUCUGGACGCUCAAUUUGAUGUAUAAAACUUCGGAUCAUAUUUUAGAAUUUAACGUUUACCUAUGACUUUAUAUUUGCAAUAAGGAGAGCAGUUCCCAUACACCUGUAAGUGCUACUAUAUCACACCUUGCUACCAUGAUCGUAAGUUAACUAAUAAUGUGCAUUGCAUAUCUGUGUUUGGCGGGACCAGGAUAAAUACGCCCGUCAUCGCCUGGAUUUACGUGUAAAUUUAUCACAAGAUCGCACGUUGCGACAACUUUCGUCGUAAAUUUCGCAGAUAUUUUGUACCCUAAAACUCAAUUACAGCGCUGCACCGCCACAUGCACAAACGCUGGAACGGCAGUCGUAAGUUCUACGAUGGUCGUAGAUUCAGUGUUACUUCGAGAAGACAGCGUAGAUUUAAAUGCAAUUGCAUCAUUAACAUUAAGCAAUAUAAUAGAAAAUCAAACACACGUAGCCUGAAUUUACCAUCACCGUAAAACUUGUGAUCGGCAUACGUAGUUUUGAGUAUGCAAUACUCCUACGUCUCCUACUCCUUCAAUACUCCUACGUACAUUUCGUUGUGUAUUUCCUGUGUAGCCUUUCAUGUGUGCAGAGUAACGUGUCGUAAAGGGAGCAGGAUAUCUCUAUGUCGUCUACUCCGUUACCAUCAUUUUACGAUAAGACAACAGAAACUUGCCACGCUGGGAUCGCACGUUAAAUGCAAACAAUGGAGGACGAAAGUUCUGCGUAGAUUGCGAGUGCGAAUUCCCAAAUUUCGGAAAAUGCACCCUGAAUCUGAAAUAUAAUUUCUCUGCAGUUCAUUGUCUGGUAAUUCAUGUACCUAGCCCUUAGCUGGUGAUUAUUUCAACCAGCUGGUCAUUUAUCCCUUCCAAGGUGGUGGACGUUCUCUGACCAGCUUUGAGGAGGGAGACUGUUACCAUUAUCUCUCAUAGAAUUCUUGGCCUGACUGAACUCUUUCUCGUGUGACAAUAAGUGUUAAGAGGGACCAUGCACUGUGCAGCCUCCGGCACCCAACACAAUAGCCUAAGUGUCAACUCUUAAGCUGCCGAAGCUCAAUUCUAUCCUCAGUAGAGAAUGAAUGUGACGUUCAUUCCGUAGCGGUUCUCUCCUGAAAUUAAAUAUUCUUAGUGACGCUGUGCAUUGGCGCACGAGAUGUUCAUUUUAAGUUUCAAUUUUGAACGUGUAAUCCAGACACUCACAAAUUGCUUUAUUCUCAACACUCACGUUGAGUACAGGAUGCAUUAGUCAAUAGUCAUUCCGGUCUAUGAUCGAAACUAACGAGUGUUUGAACAAAAAUAUAAUUAAUAAGAUUCUCUCAAAACUUACGAUCGCAUUGAGGAUGGCUGGUAUUUAGCUCUGGGUUGCUGAACAGGUUGCAGGUUAGGGAGAGUUCGUAGUUCGCUUCAAGGAUUCUGUUGACGUGUGUACGUCUGUUAAAUUGUAUAUAGAACCAUGUGCUAAGUUGAUUGGCGUGCCGGUUGAUCGUACUAGUUUCAUCUUAGUCAAGCUCAUCUCAAGUAUGGUGUAAACUGUAAACUAAUGUAGAAGCAUACUUUGUGUUCUUGGCAAGACAUUAAUAUGUAAUGGAAACUUUUUACGUAAAUAUGGUGAACUUCGAACCGGUUAUCCUCACACCAAGUUCGUUUCUUCUUCGUCCCUUCAUUAGUUCAUAUGCUACCAAAAUCCUUCUCUGCCUGGCGAAUUACCAAUGAGUUGUCAUACAUCAGAACUAAUUUGUUAUUAGUAUUAGUUAUUCAACGACUUGAGUAGAAAUUACCUAAAAUAAGAAUGUGAGCCAUUUAAACGAUCAAUAAUUCAGGGAAGAUCAGGCAGGCUGGCGGGCUCUAGAAACAUGGCGCCGAGCCGCCGACGGUUGUCAACUCAUAAUACUACCUAGUUCUCAUAUUACUGUUCAUUUACUAGGUAGCUUUUAUGUUUCGUUAACUAUCAACUAAUUAAAACCUAAAAUUUUUUAACUAUUUACUGGUAUUUGUUGAUCACUGCAUGGUACAUGACAUUUAUUUUUGCUAUUUGAUUUGCCGAUGUGGUGAUUAAGCGCACCUAUUACUAUUAGUCUAUGACUCUAUGCUCCCAUGUAUAUUUAUUGAAUUUAAUUUAUUACAUUUAAAGCUAUUGAUUUUUAAAGGUAGCUUAAAUCAGAAACUUUUUGUAAAAUCCGUUUCUUCACAUUUGUUGGCUUUUAAAUUCGUUUCUAUGUUCAUAUAGAUACACGACAAAUCCCAUUCUAUGUAUUUUCAAAUUAAUUUUAAGCAAUUUUCAUUUAUGCCCAGUCCACUACAUCAAAAAAGUUACAUUUUCUCUAUGCAUAGAAUUAAUCGCAUAUAUUUUCAAUCCUUCUGCCUAUUGUUCUUCCGGCCUGUCAAUCUCAGACCUGUGAAAUGAAUUCAAGCUCCUUGUCUCUCCAUUUACGAUCAUCUAAGUAAUUAAUUAGCAUAUUCCCCUAAAAUAAUUUGUCAGCAUAUUCUUCCAUAAUGUCUACUUGUGAGCGUUCAUGUACAGACCUCCAUCUUCUCAGCCCUUCCUUACUAGACGUAAUAGUCUAAACCUUGUCCAGUCCUGACGUGCUGCCAUGCUUGCUACUUUUGCUCAAACUCUUUAUUAGAUCCUUGAAGUGUUUACCGCCCCAAAUGUCAAAUUUGAUAUUUAUUAUAAUGUCAUUUCUUACCUAAAAUGAAAUUUAAUGUUUUUUUUUAGUCCUAGCGCUAUGCUGUGUGUUGACGACCAUUAUUGUAUGAUAUUUUGUCGUAAUGUUUUAUGUUAGCUGUUGCUUAUGCAGGAAGCGAGCGAACUGUUUUAAAACCUUUGCAUAUCAAGCUACGUUUUAUCGAUUAAAUGUACUCAUUUACAAAGACAUGAUUUAUGUGUGACCUCGGCCAAAAAUUGAACGAUUUUAUAUUUAUUUGUUAUUAAUCAUUAUCAGUUUACUGGGAUUUGACGCUUGUAAAUAUUCGGUUACACAUGUGUACCAGAGUCAAGAAAAUCGCAAACGUCUCCCACAAUUUUUUCUUAGGUAAGUUACCCUGUCAAUAAUGUUUGUAUAUUGAGGAUGCGUUGCCAGUUCUUGUGUGUUCAGUCGUCCAAACUAAACUCCGGUUUACUUUAUCUUUAGUCGAAGAGUCGAUUUACUUGAAUAAAUAAUAUUUCUCUACAAGCCUUGUCGGGUAAAGUAUUAGGAAAAUUGUUUAAUUUUUUAUUUUUACGCUGCUUUCGGAAUUUGGGAUCUGUGUCUAUAAUAAGCAGGGUAAAAACGACUCGUAAAACACAACAUGGGUUUAGAAUGUGAAGCUUGUUCUAGCACACAUCUACCUAUUCGUGCAGUAGAAUGUUUUUGUUUAUUAUUAAUUUGGUUACUUUGAGCGCAGCAAUCUUAAUAUUCAUUGUAAUGCUUUUAGGCAUGAUAAAAAUUUAGACCGUUGUUCGCAGCCUUUGAAGGGUCUCUUAUAUCAGUCGCAGUAUGAUGAACUUAUUUUGCGGUGAUUUCAUUGUACGGUUGGGGAAUCGUAUCACUUGAAAAUAAAACAGAGCUUCUAAAAAUUUAGUUAUUGGUACCUGACAACGCUUGAUGCGUCUGCAUUUGUAGUGAAAGUCUAAGCAAAGUUUAAGCAUAGGCGUGACUGAAUAAGAUAUUAUAUAUUAUCUUGAUUAAGAGAUGAUAUUUUGCACGCGGGAAGUUUGCAUGGAUAACGCGUGUGGUUGAGUGUGUGUGCAUAGCUAAUAGUAAUAUGAACAGCUUUUUUCUCGGUAUGUAUUUUUCUGUGAAUAAUUAACUCAUCAAUAGAAGUAUUGAGGACAAAUUAAUAAAUGAAGACUAAAUGUACCAUAGAUAGAUAGUUAUCUGCUGAAGCCAGGGCUUCGCUAUUGCCUAUGUGCUACAGGUUCUUGAUUCAGUACCAUACGAUAAGCUCGUAAAGUGAAGCUGGAAAAGCCUAAUUUCAUAAACCUGUGAAAAUCACCGUCAAAAGAAAUUGUACAAUUUAGAUUGAUAAUUCCUCCUAGUUGAAACCUAGGGUUGAACCUGCAAAGCUAAGGUCGGCCUCAUUUAUUGCACUGACGACUUCUUGCGAAUGCGAAAAUUAAAGUCCUAAAUUUACGAUUUGCAGGAUCUGUUUCCGAUAUGGAAAAUUUGUCUGAAACAGAAAGUAUUUGUGUUUUUAGGUCUCGGAGACUUGAAAUUUUUUACUAUUUUAGAAGUGUACGAACCCUUAUUUACACAUUAAAUUGACCAAUUCCAGUCGUAGAGUCUUUAUUCACUAGCACCGGGGAAAUUAUGGUAAAUGCUGAAGAUUUUAGCAUCCGCUGCUCUGCAGAGAUUGCAUAAUUUGUUUCUAUGAAUUCGCAGCUGUUAGCUUCGCAGUUCGGUAGAUAACUUUGAACAUAAUCACAACGGCCAAUUAAACUGUUAAUCACAAGCACGAUACUACAGUCCGUGUUUAUAGGUGCAUUUAAUGCUAGGCAUUGAAGUUUAGUUCUUCAGGAGAUACUUUCUGAAGAAAUCCCCCCAGAACUGUGGUAUAUUUAAGAGGAGUCGCAAACUGCUGUGUGGAGACAUUCGUCUUACGUCUCAGCGGCUCGUUAAUUCGCGUUAUGUAAAGAGAUUCUUACCCAUUUUUUCAUGUCUCCAUUAAAGUGUGUGAUGAUUA